AUGGCAGCACUCACCAGGUUCAUCAGCAAGUCCGCGGAUAAGUCUCUCCCCUUUUUCCAAGUGCUAAAGGGAAACAAAACAUUUAAAUGGGGAGAAGAGCAAGAGAAAGCAUUCAAGGAGGUGAAGAACCACUUGAAAAGCCUCCCAACCAUAGCCAGACCAGAAGUGGGGGACAUAUUACAGCUAUACAUCUCUGCCUCCAAGAAAACUGUAGCAGCAGCUCUAGUAGUCGAGAAGGAUAAAAUCCAGCAGCCAGUCUACUUUGUCAGCCACAUCCUCAACCCAGCAGAACAGAGGUACCCCCUGAUUGAAAAAAUGGCCUUUGCCAUCAUGAUAGCUGCCAGGAAAUUGAAACCAUACUUUGACGCACAUAAAGUGCAAGUGUUAACUAAUCAACCUUUAGAGAAGUCAUUGCAAAGGUUAGAUACUUCUGGUAGACUCCUAAAAUGGGCGGUGGAACUCUCAGAAUAUGACAUCGAGUACAAACCCAGAACCGCCAUAAAAGCACAGGCACUGGCAGAUUUCAUAGCAGAGGCAUCAUACGAGGAGGAGGAAGAGCCAUUGGGGACUUCGCAGAUCUCAGUAGACGGCUCCGCUGCAGUCACAGGGUCGGGUGCAGGUAUCAUAAUGGUAUCACUAGAAGGCAACGUUUUCGAAUAUGCUAUAAAAUUCAAAUUCAAAGCUUCAAAUAACGAGGCAGAGUAUGAGGCGGCAAUCGCAGGAAUCCAGAUGUGCAAAGCAGCAGAUGCUAAGAAAAUAGUGCUCAAAACCGAUUCACAGCUGGUGGCCAGCCAAUAUAGAGGUGAAUAUGAAGCCAGAGAACCGUCUAUGCAAAGGUACUUGGCCUUGAUAAAAGAAGCAGUAGCCCAGCUAGAAAGCUUUGAGAUUCAACUGGUUCCCAGGGCAGAGAACAGUCAAGCAGACGCCCUAUCCAAAUUAGCAAGUUCGACGCUACAGGACUUGGAAAGAACAGUGAUGGUAGAGGUCCAGGAAGAAAAGAGCAUUGACAAAAAGCCUGCAGUCAACUUCAUUGACACUGAGCCACAGUGGUAUGACAGUAUAGUCUCAUACAAGCUGGGAAGGGGCCUUCCCACAGCAGAGCAAGAGCAGAAAAAAGUAAAACGAAACGAGCAUUGGUUUGUCAUUUACCAGGGUAAACUGUACAAGAAAUCCUUUUCGUUGCCUCUGCUGAGAUGUAUAUCAACAGAGGAGUCACAACGAGUCAUUGAGGAAAUACACGAGGGAAUAUGUGGAAACCACAUAGGUGGCAGGACAUUAGCCUUGAAAGCUCUCAGAGCAGGAUAUUAUUGGCCAACCAUGGUAAGUGAUUCUCAAGCAUAUGCUAAAAAAGUGCGACAAGUGCCAGAAAUUCGCCCCAGUGAUCAACCAACCCUCUAA